AUGUUUGUACACUUUAUAUUGAUUUUAUAUUUAAUAACCAAGACGAAAGCAGGUAUCAUUUAGUAUAUUUACAAAUUGAAAAAAAGCUUAUAAGCGAAAAAUUUGCACAGUCUUAUAAAAGACUUUUUAGGAAACUUAAAUCAUUGUAUAUACCAGGUUAUCAAAUGCCAGAAGAACUUCUUGACGGAAUAAAAAGUCAAGAAAUACUUAACGUUAAACAAUUUAAUUAUAAAUUAUACAUUAUAGGAAAUAUAGAAGUUAAUGAAGGACUAAAAGUAGAAGAGGCGUUAAAAAGACAUAGACAGCAGGUCAAUGCAUCUGAGCCACAAUCCAACAAUAAGAUUUCUAAAGUGGUUACGGUUCGCACAUUUGAUAUUUCUAAUAAUGCGUGCGGAAUAUUUUAUUAUUUGAAUAAAUCUUGCGAUUUACGAAUGAAAGCGAUUGGUUCAUUUAUUGUUAAUUCAGUAGAAGAAAUGUUUUUUGAUCAGUUACGUACAAAAGAAGAAUUUGGAUAUGUAGUUAGUGCUGGUAUUUAUACUAUAAAAGACGAUGACUUUUUAUACUUUGUAGUACAAAGUGAUCGUAAUGUAGAAGAAAUCAAAGAAAGGAUACUAAGAUUCAUUACCUUUACUAAAGAUUAUAUAAAAAAUAUGAGCGAACAAGAGUUUUUAGAAAGACAAGAAUCUCUAAUAGACCUUUUCAAAGAAAAGUAUAAAAAUUUAUAUGGUUAUAGUUUCUUUUUAUAUUCUAAAUAUAUUUCAGGAAUUGACGGUCUUACUUUUAUAAAUGAUAUUUGUAAUGUCAUAAAAAAAAUGGAAUUAAAAGAUGUCUUAAAUUGCGAUAUUUUUUCAAACGAAAUAAUUAUCACUACAGAAAAAUAA